AUGAUUGUAUUCAGUGAGUGGUCAAACGAAGGAUGUCACGUGAUGUCCCACAACAAGACCCACGUGACCUGCUCCUGUGAACAUCUCACCAGCUUUGCCGUGCUCAUGUCUUACUCCGCUCACGAAACGAAGGAGUUGGACUUCAUAACCUACUUCGGCUGCUGUUUGAGUCUCGUCUCAAUGUUGCUUGCAUUCGUCACGUUCACCUGCUUCAAGAACUUGCGAUGCGAUCGAAACAGCAUCCACAAAAACUUAGUCGCCAACCUUUUCGUAGCUGAGUUGAUCUUCUGUCUCGGAAUCAAUCAACAACUGACAAACAAGCCAACCACACACCAGACACUCUGCAGCGUGAUAUCCAUCUUGCUUCACUACUUCUUCCUGACCUCAUUCUGCUGGAUGUGCAUGGAAGGCGUCCACCUCUACAUUCUCCUUGUCGUCGUCUUCAAUGGUGCAACAUCUCACCUCAAGUACUACUGUGCUCUCUCGUACGCUGUACCAGCCAUCAUUGUCAUCAUCAGCAUGUCCGUCAACAUCGAAGGAUAUGGGACUGAAGAUCACUGCUGGCUGUCCACGGAGCAUGGCUUUUCCUGGGCUUUCCUGGCACCUGUCAUCUUCAUCCUAACGAUCAACUCGGUGGUCCUGUCCGUGACGAUAGGGACCAUGUGCAGGCUGAAACUCAACACUCCACAGGCCUCAACCGACAACAACGUGCUCACAAAUUUUUCGGCCCUGGUGCUCAUGGUGAUCCUGGGGUCAACCUGGUUGUUGGGCGUCUUCAACAUCAACCAAUCCUCAAUCACCAUGGUCUACAUCUUCACCAUCCUCAACACCUUGCAGGGCUUCCUCAUCUUCCUCUUCCACUGCCUACUCAACAAGAAGGUUGGUUGGUUGUGCUGUCGGUGGCAGGUUGUUUCUUCACACCACACCUUUGAAGGGUCAUUCAAGCAAAUUUUCUUUUUUAUUUCUUUUCUUCAACUUAUUUGA